UUUAAUAAUAGGAUGGUAUUUUGGGGAUUUGUUAUUAAAGCAGUAAUUAAAGUAGUAAUAGCCAUUACUGCUGGUACUAUCUUAGGCCCUUCUGCUAUUCCUGUCAGUACUGCUGUCUGGGGCGGAAGUGAAAUAAUUAGACAAAAUUGUGGCAAUGAAGAUGUAAACCGAGUCAUUGGCUUUAUUGGUGAUUUCGGCCGUGAUACUAUUACUUGUGAAGUAAUUGGCUUGGCUGUUCAAGGAGCUCUUACGGUAAUAGCAUUGAGUAAAGCUAUUAGUAUAGCAACACCAGGGCAAAAACGCAGCAAAGAAAGCAGUCAUAAGAGCACAAAAAAAUAUAGCCCUGGAGCUAAAGU